UUUGGUGUGUGGUAGUAACAGAAAAAUGCCACGUGCGCUAUCUGAUGUGUGGAGACAUUUUACACCAGCUAAUGUACAAGGGAAAUCUGUAUAUAUGUGUAAGUAUUGUGAUAAGACGUACGUGAAGAAUGCCACAAAAAUGCAACAGCACAUUGCAAAGUGCAAAAAAAUUCCUCAAGGCCCAACACAUGCAGCAGCCAGGAGUUCCACUCAAGGGGAAAAUGAAUCUGUUUCAGCUGUAUCAGAGUCAGAUACCCACUCAUCAGCUCCUGGUCCCUCUGGCAUCAGAGGAUUCUUUGAGUUUAUGGAUGACACUAGCCAGAAAAACGCAGAUGAGUGUUUUGCUCGUGCAGUCUAUGCAACUGGCUCACCCCUGAUGCUGACAUCCAAUGUGUACUGGAAGAGAUUUUUGAAUGUUCUCCGACCAGCAUACAUUCCCCCAACCAGACAUGCAUUGUCUACUCAUCUACUGGAUGAAGAGUUCAGUCGAGUUCAAGCAAAGGUGAAACAGACCAUUGACCAAGCUGACUGUAUUUCAGUCAUCUCUGAUGGAUGGUCCAAUAUCAGGGGACAAGGAAUUAUUAACUACAUAAUCACCACUCCUCAGCCUGUGUUCUACAAGAGUGUAGACACAAAGGAAAACAGACACACAGGCCAAUAUAUUGCAGAUGAGCUCAAAGUGAUCAUCAAUGACCUUGGACCAGAUAAGGUUUUUGCACUGGUCACUGACAACGCAGCCAACAUGAAGGUUGCCUGGGCAGAUGUGGAGACCUACCCUCAUAUAACUGCUAUUGGCUGUGCUGCCCAUACACUAAAUCUUCUCCUAAAAGACAUAAUGGCACUAAAAACAAUGGACACUCUGAAUAAGAGAGCGAAGCAAGUUCUGAAAUAUGUUAAAGGCAAACAAGUAACUUCCGCUACAUUUCUGUCAAAGCAAAAGGAAAAGAACAAGAGUACUACACUGAAGCUUCCCAGCAUAACGCGAUGGGGUGGUGUUGUUGUCAUGUUUGACAGCCUUCUGGAGGGAAAGGAGUCUCUGCAAGAGAUGGCCAUAUCCCAGUCUGUAGGCAUCGACAGUGACAUCAAGAAGGUCAUCUUGGAUGAUGUGUUCUGGGAAAGAGUAUCUAGCAGUCAGAAAAUCCUCAAACCUAUUGCAGCAGCAAUAGCGAAGAUAGAGGGGGAUGCUGCCAUCUUGUCAGAUGUCCAGUGCCUUUUUGCAGAACUCAAAGAAGAAAUCCAGACAAUUCUGCCCACUUCCCUACUACUGAAAGCAGAGGAAACGGCUGUGGUCAAGUCAUUGGAACAGCGGAGGGAGUUCUGCAUGAAGCCAGUGCAUGCAGCAGCAUACAUGCUGGACCCCAAAUAUUAUGACAAGGGCAUACUUUCUGGGGAAGAGAUCAACAGUGCCUAUGCGGUCAUUACAGCCAUGUCUGACCACCUGGGUCUCGAUAAAGGCAAAGUUCUAGGCAGUUUGGCAAUGUAUCGAACAAAGCAAGGCCUUUGGAAAGGGGAUGGAAUAUGGCAGUCAUGCCAGCACAUAUCUGCAGCCACCUGGUGGAAGGGACUAUGUGAAUCUGAGGCCCUUGCACCUGUAGCCUCCAUCCUCCAAAUCCCACCAUCAUCAGCCGCCUCCGAGCGCAACUGGUCAUUGUUUGCGAACACCCACACAAAGGUUCGCAACAGACUCACAAAUGUGAGAGUGGAAAAGCUGGUCGGCAUUCGGGCAAACCUACGGCUCUUUGAGCCUGACACAGAGCCAUCCUCAACAAGGCUGGAAAGUGACACUGAAGAGGAAGACUCAGAGUUGGAUGCUGAGGAAGUGGACAUGUUGUUGGAUGAUGAUGAGGUCCAGGAAGAGUCUAUUGACUGAGCAAAAAUGAGAAAAGAGGAUUGCUUGAAGGAAGAUUUGCAUGUUUAAUGGGACGUUUUGAAGGAUAAGUUUAACCUUUUGAAUGGGACUUUGUGGAGAUUUUUGGACAGGGGGCAUUUUCGAAUGAGCAGGGUUAGGGGAUGGUAAUAUUGAAAUCAACAUUUCUGUUUUUAUUCAUCCAUGAAACAAGUUAUUGAAACGUGUUCUAUUCUACUGUACUUACAAAUAAAUCCGUUGAAAUAUCUGUUGAAAACAUUUUGCAUGGAGGUUUUCUUAUGAUUUCUGUUUAUAUUUAUGCUUGGAAAUAAUAUAUUCCCAGUUAGUUCUCCUAAAUUCCCAUUCAUUUCCAUAAUUCCCAUUAUUUCCAUGGAAAGUUUCCAAUAUGGAAUAUUUCCAAAAUUCCCAAGCUUAACUUACCAUGGAAAUUUACCGGAAACUUUUCGGAAAUUUACCGGAAAUUUUCCGCCCC